AUGGACCGUGGCCUACGCCGCCAUCAUGAACUUUCCACGACACUGCGAGCUUGUUCGCUGGGUGUCCUGAGCUGCCUCGGGCGUUGCUGGGAACUCUGGUCACCACGAAACUUCGCGGUUUCCAGGGAGGAGUUCCACAGCAGGCACCUGCGGCCCUGGACGUGGAAGCGCAAGGAGUUCGAGAGCCUGUUGUCCAGGCUCCAGCAUCCCCGGGUCCGUGAUGUGGCGUGGUCGGUGUUGGCACCAGGUCUCUGCUGCGACGCAGAUGCAACUUUCGGCCACGAAGUCUUCACGGACGCUGCCAUGAAGGAUCUCCUGGGAGACGUGUCGGAGGGUCUGCUGGCUUUGGAUGCAGAUCCCCGGCCACUGGACGCAUGGCUCACCUCUCACGACCGCUCCGGAUCGCGAUUUGUGGGUCACUACUACGAGUCCCUUGUGCACUUUGCUCUGGCGGAGCUGGGGAAAGUGGAGGUGGCCUUGUACAGUGAGCCCAUCCCGAAGGAGACGAAACAGCGGAACGCAAGUCCAGCUGCCUCGGCUGGGGACGUGGUCAGGCGCUUCAAGCCUCCUCUGAAAACGUCCCUGGAUGUGGAUUUCUUCUGCAGCAUCCACGAAGCAGCUUUCCUUGAAGGUGGCCAGCUUCGCAUCAGCUUCAAGAUCAAGCGCGGCAGAUCCCGGGAAGCAUUCCCUUUGCCAGUCGAGGCGACCUUGACCUCGGCGCAAGGCGUGCGCAGACCAGCGUCCCACAGGCCGAGCUCGCCUCCGGACAGUGACCGCAUGGACGGACAUGUACUCUUCGAGGAUGUGUCUGUCAGUGAAGAGCUGGAGUUCGCCUACGCCCCGGGCUUCCCGGCCGUUCCCCUGCGGCCCACGAAGAUGCGGCAGCCGAUCCAGGGUGAGGUGGACUACAUCUUGCAGCCGGAUCAAAGUUCACCUCAGUUUCUGCACCUCGAAGUGGCGGUGAAGUUUUACUUGGCAGCCAGGGACGAGGUUGCGACAUGGGAUGACUUCAUUGCUCCCAACCCGCGAGAUAUCUUGGGAUUGAAGUUGCGCCACAUGCUCUCCCACCAGCUGCGGAUGGGGCAAACUCCACACAUCCGAAACCUCCUUGCUGCUCGCGUGGCUGGAAACGGUCAACGCAUGCAGAGCAUGGGGAUCUCCAGUCGGCUCUGGAUGAACGGCCGACUCUUCCUGGCCGCCACAGCACCCCUGGAUGAAACCCAUGGACGGCCAGACAGCUGGCAUACCCGAAUUCCGAUGCUGAGCCCAGAUCUGGAGGUUGGAUGGUGGUGCCGCUUCCGCGAGCUGGAUCGGGUUUUGCCGGCCACAUGCCGGUUCCUGGUCUUGAAGAAGCCAUACUGGCUUGCACCUCUUCGUGGCUCUGGAGGGAGACAUGCAGAUCACGGACGGCUGCGGACCCGGGGCGAGCUCUUGAAAGAGGCCCGUUCGUGGAAGCGUUUUCAGUACGUCGCCGUCUUGGCUGUGGAUGCAGGCGGCUUUGAGGAGAUCUCCCGAGGCUUCGUGGUCCCGGACGAGUGGCCUCAAACACCGCGGCGAGGGCGGCGGCAUUCGGGAAGCCGUUCGGUCUCGCCAUCCAGCGGCAGCAGUGGCCAGCAAGGAGCUCCUUCAUGA